GUGUCUGUAGCCUUGCUGGUCAUAUGCUUGACUAAUGCUACAUAGUUUACUAAUGAAUUUAUCAGAAGUUAUAUCAUGUAAAUAACCCAUUAACUAACUCAACAUGUCUUUUCAAAUGAGAUGAAGUUCUAGUUCUGCUAGGGAGUUAAAGGACACACUUAAUUUUAUCCGAGUCUUUGCUUACACCUGCAUACUAAAACACUUCACUGAGUUCGUGCGCAUGCGCAGUAGCGCUAGUUCGCAUGACUAACAUAACAAAAGGUGAAGGUCAUCCGUAGAGGGCUCUCAAAAUGUGAUUAUUUAAUAUAUAUAGGCAAAACUACUUUAAAUUGAAACACUAUCUGAAAUAAUUUAGCAUUUCUCUCUCUCUCUUUUUUGUAAUUUAAACAAGUUGUAAUUAUUUAUAAAUAAUAUUGAGUAUUUUGUUAAAUAGUAAAAUGGCAUUGGCAUCGUAUGACAACAUGUGAUAAUGCAGCUAUGGUAUGUGCAUUCAUGAAUUGAAACUGGCCUACAUAGCAAGAAAAGACACUAGGCUAUGCAUCUUCAAAUGUUCGGCAUGAUGUGUAAAUGAAAUGGUAAAAUAAAAUCCCAGUUAAAUUUAAAUUCCAGGUUCUAACACUACAAAAUGUGAGACAGCGUUUCGACCAGGAGAGGUCAAUAUUUAUGAAAGGCAUUGUACACACUAGAGCUUUUUUCAUUUACAUAACGCCUUUCCUUUACACUAUUAUAAGCGCUAUUAAAUUAGUCACUCUUUUUUUUUUUCAAUUUUUUUUAUUUGGUAAUUCCGGCCAGGUCGGGAUGUAGCCUGUUUUGCAUAGUUAGCUUAUCUGGUGGGGAAAAUCUGUCAACGACGUUCUGCCACGUCACGUGACUGAGGGCCGCCCUACGCGGUGACGUCACGACAGAGGCCGGUUCUCUUGGGCUAAGUCGAGUGUAGUUCUUCACUUCCGCUUUUCUUCUGCUUUUAAUUGCGAAAGGCUGAGGAAGCGGUAAAAUGUCUCAUCAGACCGGCAUCCAAGCCACGGCAGAGGUGAAGGAGAUCUUCACCAAGGCACGGAAUGGAGAGUACAGACUCAUUAAGGUGGUCAUUGAAAACGAACAGCUUGUGUUGGGAGGAACCAGAACUGCAGCGCAAAAAUGGGAGCUGGAAUGGGACAGUUACAUCCUGCCUCUCUUGGAGGAUGACAUGCCUUCGUACGUCCUCUACAGGCUGGACAGCACCAAUAAUCAGGGCUAUGAGUGGAUCUUCCUAGCAUGGUCCCCGGAUCAUUCUGCCGUUCGUCAGAAGAUGCUGUAUGCUGCUACUAGGGCCACACUGAAAAAGGAAUUUGGUGGCAGCCACAUAAAAGAGGAGCUCUUCGGCACAGUAAAGGAUGAUGUAUCACUAAACGGCUAUAAAAGGUACUUGGCGUCCCAGGCUGCUCCACUCCCACUGACUGCUGCUGAGGAGGAACUGAGGCAAAUCAAACUCAGUGAGGUGCAGACAGACAUCCACUUGGACACAAAGCAGCAGACUUUGCAGGGCGUAGCUUUCCCCAUGCAAAGAGAUGCCAUUGAGGCCUUGGAGAAAUUCAGAGACAAAAGGAUUAACUAUGUUCAGCUCGAAAUUGAUUUUCCAAAAGAGUGCAUCAAGUUAACCAACACGGCUCCGACAGAGUUACGUGACCUGCCUAAACGAAUCCCUAAAGAUGCUGCACGGUACCACUUCUUCCUCUACAAACACUCACAUGAAGGAGACUACCUCGAGUCCACAGUGUUUAUAUACUCGAUGCCUGGUUACAAAUGCAGCAUUCGGGAGAGGAUGUUGUACUCCAGCUGCAAAAACCCCCUCAUAGACACUGUGGAAAACAAACUGCAGAUUGACAUUGCCAAAAAGUUGGAGAUUGAUAAUGGUGAUGAACUCACCAGUGACUACAUGUAUGAAGAAGUGCACCCAAAGCAGCAUGCGCACAAACAAGCCUUCGCCAAACCCAAGGGUCCCACUGGGAAGAGGGGGGGCCGCAGAAUCACGCGUGCUCCGGGGGAUGCAGGGGAUGAUGAUUAACACUGCUUAGCAAUGGUCCAGCUUGUAUGAUGAACCUUUUUAGAACUCCUACUCUACCUUAAAUCCGUUAACUCGUGUCUCCAUAGAAUUGUGUAUCUAUGCACAAAGGAAAACACUACACUAGGAUAUAGCCUGAAUGAGCAGCUCGUUCAGGGAUCUGUGAAAUUAAUGAUUACACACUACAUGUACUUACACUGCUUAUUUUGGAAAUUGAUUCACUUCUCAAACACAUUUUAAACACAUUUUAGCCUGAAUGAUGUUUAAAAGCAGGUGCUAAGUUCAGAGUUGAGAUGUUAUUUACAAAGCAUUUAGUAGAAAGGUGCAGACAUGCUUUGUGUAUAUGGGCCUCUGGUUUUAUGCCUGUUUCUGACAUUCUAUGCCUGUUAACAUUCUAACUGAGAGUGAUAAACUCUCUUUAACUAUUGAGUAUAAUUCGUAUUUGAGUAACUUCUCAUUCCAGGCCAACCAGUUAGAUCUGUUUUCUCAUUUCUUCAGAUCAGUGUGUUUGCUCCCAAGCAACCGAAAUAAUGCCCUGAAGCAUUUAAUCAAGUUAAUCAAUAAUGUCCUGACAUCUAGGCUGAGUAGCCUCUUCCACUGAAGUCAUGUUAUUUUAAUGAAGGAGUUUAAUGAAGUGCCACACAUGAUGAAGAAUUUAAUUAUUUUAUAAGUGUAGGUAUAUAAAUAACAAAAAAAAAAAUUUAUAAUGUAAAGUUGUUUGAUAACACAAAAAGGGAAUUUUCUGAUAAGAAAUCUUGUUGAAAUUCUAUUUUUCUAAGCCUGAACGUUUGGUAAUGUCCAGAUCAUGUUGUUUAACCUCUUCAAUCAGGUGUCAUUUGUCUUAGCAGCCCUCCUUUUUGUCUAAUAUAAUGUUUCAAAUACACUCCAUGACAUUUAUGUCCACAUUAUAUAUACAUUGACUUUGUUCAGCAUUUCUGUGAAGAUCUAUGACUUUUAAAACAUCUUCUAAAUGAAGGGGAUACAGAACAGGAAUCCAUCUACUGAAUAGACAAACCACUAUUAUUCUUGUACUAGUGUGUUAAUGAAGUAAAUACAGUCUGGUA